AUGUUUGCUGCGGCUGAAGAAAGUCCGGAACAUCCGGACAUAUCUGAUGUUCUCCGGUAUUUGGAGAAUGCACCUGUAAUGCUCCGUGCAUUACAGGAAUUCAUUUCCGCCAAACAGCAGUAUGAAGACAUGCUGCUCACCCGCUUGGCGGCUUACGAAGGGCGAAAUGCCCAACAAAAUAUGGAAGAGGGACCGGCACCUCAGGAGCCGGAAUUUAACAUAGAAGAGGCAGAGUGGGCUCCUCUGCCUGACAGUUACGAUGCAGAAGAACAAUGGCUGGCGGAAGCAGAGUUGGCCCCUCUGCCAGAUGAUAGCGAGGAGAGCCCUGAGGUGCCGGUGGCACCAAUGGAAAUAAGCAGCGUUGACGAACCGGAAGAAGCAAUCCGAGAAAUCGUCCUAAGAUCAAGGACGAUCACAAUACCGGUUCCAGUCACGCAUGCAACGGUGGCUGUGGCAGUACCGGAAGUGUUUCACCCCGCAGAUCUCGGGGAUCUUCCGGACCAAUUCCGAAGAGAAUUGGAAGUGCCACAGGCAGAACCGUACACGGUGGUUCGAGAGGAAGGAAAUAUUACUAUCGUGUGCGGUAUCUGCGAUAGGCAAUUUGAAACGUUAAAGGGGUGGCGCAUUCACGCCUCCAAGAAGCAUAAACAGGACGGUUUUUGUGCACGCUGUGGCCAUAACCUCCUGUUGCCACCCGAAUUUACGGCUGCACAGAGAACAGCAGCGGUAGAACUCCAUGCCCUCGAUUGGUGUCCGAGGGCAUGUGCAGCCGUAAUGGACGAAAGGCAGGUUAAACGCCGCCGGCUCAAUCUUGUGGGGAGAGAAGAGGAUGCUCAAUACCUCUUCGUUCCAGGCCGGUAA